CUGCAUUCCUGCUUUAGGCAGGCACACCUGCAACCCACCUGCAUGACACCUGCAGCCUGAUUGGGCGGGCUGGCUCACAUGCUAAACCAUAACACCCGCUCGUUAGCAUGGGCCCUCAUACCGUUGGGCGGGCAAGCUACCCUCACUGGGAGCGCAAAGUGAAUUGUACUUGCGGGUGGGGCUAGGAUUGCUGCCUGCGUAACGUGAGGUUGCGGUCACAGACUCACUCCUGGUUAAGUACUGCACCCGUUCCGGUUUACGAUUCUUCGCUUCCUCUGCGCAGCAACACAUCAACAACACCUAUCUUCUGCAGCAACGAGCUACCUUUGUCCACGGUUGCAGGGUUUGCUUGUUCACCCGCCAAUCAACAACACCCCAAACCAAAAAUCAAACAUCCCAUCAACAAUAUGGCAACCACAUCUCCUUCCAAGGAGGCUACCCCGGCCACUUCCGACGCCAAGGCAUCCGACAAGCCCAUCUUCACCGAGAAAGAGGAGCGUGUCCUCAAGGUCGCGUGGCAUUGUCUCAAGACUGGCGUGCCGGAGAUCGACUUCGUGAAGCUCACGAAGCUGGGCGAGUUCAACACCCAGAAGACGGCCACCAACACCUGGGGCACCAUCAAGAAGAAGUUGAGGACUCUGAUGCCGGAGGAGGGUGAGGGUGAGGAUGAGGCUGGUGCCGAGACACCGAAGAAAGGGGCCAAGGCAACUCCGCAGAGCAAGAAGCGUGGCAAGAAGGCCGACGCCGACGACGAGGAGGCCGCUGCUGACGGUGAGGUUGCAACUCCCACCAAGAAGCCACGCAAGACUCCUGCCAAGAAAGGCAAGAAGGUCACCGCUGGCGCUGAUGAGGCCGCCGGUGAGGAGGGCGUUGAUGUGAAGAUGGAUGGUGCUGAUGACGACAUCACCGCGACUCCGACCAAGAAGCCGCGCAAGUCCCCGGCGAAGAAGGGCAAGGCGGCUGCUGUUGUCGCUGCUGCGGACGAGGAGACUGCCGAAGUCACGGCGAAGGUUGACGCCAUGGAGGUCAAGAAGGAGGGUGAGGAGGAAGGCGGCGAUGCGAGCAUGUUCGGUGGCGCUUAAGUUGCCUCCUUAUUGACAAGCGGCACCGCCAAGCCUACAUGGCGAUUAGGUGCGGUCACACUAGCGGACCAGGGAGCAUGAUGUGCUUGUUUUAGCGCUUGGGGAGCGUGAAAAGCAGCGCUUGAUUCAGGAU